GGUGUCGGACGUGGACGUUGACGAUGUCGGUCGUGGAUUGUAUCUAUUAGCGUGAAGAUGUUUGGUUCAAUGAUGCUGCCACUCUUCCAACUUCUGCUGCCAUUCUCCGUGGCUGUCCAGGACUACACAGUAUGUGAGUGGGGCUUAUAUGGUGAGCACUGCAACCUAACAUGCUCCCAGAACUGUGCCCUUCUUCCUCCACUUGAUGUUCCCUACUGUGACACUGACACAGGGAAGUGUUCUGAGGGAUGCCAGCGUGGUUGGCAUGGUGAUCUGUGUAAUCAAGACUGCAGCCGGAACUGUCUAGAACAUACAUGCAACCAUCAAACUGGGCACUGCACACUUGGCUGCAGUGGAACUAACACUGGACAUUUCUGUAAUGAUACACGAGACUGUGGUCAUGGCUGGUAUGGGGAUCUGUGUCAACAUCCCUGCAGCAUCAACUGUCUGGAGGAAAGAUGCAACCACGCAACUGGAGCCUGUAUACUUGGCUGCAGUGGGACUUACACCGGCGAGUUUUGCAACACUACAAAAGUUGUGAACAACAAGGAAGACGCAAACAGCCUGACUGACAAACAGGUUGCUGUCGCCUUGAAUGUAGCUACUGUAGUCGGAGUUACAGUCACACUCACAGUCUCAGUCAUUGUGUACUUAAGAUGGCGGAGAAGAAAGAACAGUUCCCAAGGUCCGGAUGUGGAGAAAGUGUUGAUGAAGAGAUGCAACGAUGACAGGAAAGUGAAGGAUGCCUUAGAGACCUGCGGCCGUGUGACGCUGAGUGGUGGAGGAAAGAAAACUAGGAGCGAAGUAUGGGGAUAA